AUGGAGCAAACUUUGAAAAAUCUUGUGGGCAUCUAUAAAAACUAUGAAGUAUGGUUUAUUGGCCACUCUCUUGGUGGCGCCAAAGCAGAGAUGUCGGUCUUGUCAAUGCUCUUUAAACAUCUUGUAUCGCAAAAGAAAGUCAAACUCCUCACGUUUGGAUCUACACGUGUUGGCGACAUGUCCUUUGUAAACCUGAUUGAAACACUGGUAUGGUAUCCAAAUGGAAUGCGUCCUGGUGCCAAAUAUUUUGUUUGCCUUGGAGCAGAAGAUCCACAAUGUAGUACUCGCUUAUCUCCUUGGGAAAUACGUGCAGCUGACAAUGAUGUGUAUUUUGAACGGAGUAUGCAACAUUGGUUUGUUAUGGUUUCAGAAGUGAUUUUCCGAAGCUGUAAUUCUCUAUCGCGCACACCAAACACAGUAGCCGGCAGUAAAGUUGCUUUGAUGAAAUGA